CACACAAACACACAAACACAGUCGAUUAGAAUCUUCACUGAAGAAUCACCAGAACUGACACGGUCGAUAGAGGCUCUGUGAAUAAAGAACAAUGUCAGGACCAAGGCCCUUGGUGCUGAGCGGCCCCUCAGGAGCAGGGAAGAGCACGCUGAUGAAGAGGCUGAUGAAGGAACAUGAAGGCGUCUUUGGAUUCAGCGUGUCACACACAACAAGAAACCCCAGACCAGGGGAAGAAAAUGGCAAAGGGCUGAACAGGCUCCCCAUGCUUCUGGGGGCUACGUUACUGCCCGUAGCAGACGUCUUCUCCUCUGACUUAAAAAUGUCCACCUCAGUUUCGUGUCCAAAUGAAUCAGAAACCGCAGAGAAAGAUUACCACUUCACAACGAGAGAAGCCAUGGAGGAAGGCAUCAGCAAGGGAGACUUCAUCGAGAACGCAGAGUUUUCCGGCAACAUGUAUGGAACAAGUAAAGCUGCCAUAGAGGACGUGCUGGCCAAGAACUUAAUCUGCAUCCUUGAUGUGGACAUCCAGGGUGUGAAGAGGAUUAAAGAGACUGAUCUGAACCCCAUCUUUAUCUCCAUACAGCCUCCUUCCAUGGAUAUACUAGAAAAACGUCUGAGGGACAGGCAGACAGAGACCGAGGAGAGUUUACAGAAUCGUCUGGAGGCGGCUCGCAUCGAUAUGGAGCUCAGUAAGGAGCCAGGAGUGUUUGAUGUCGUUAUCGUCAAUGAUGACUUAGAGCGGGCGUACGAGGAACUGAAGGACAUCCUCAGUGAGGAAAUCCAAAAAGUCCAAGAGGCCAAAUGAUGACGAGGAAACAGUAACCGAGUCUUUCUGCUGUUGGAGAGAAUAAACCUGAGUAACAGCGUCUACACUCACUGCAAACACUAUCAACCUGAAGGUUUUCUUUUACUUUCUGCAACAAAAAAAUAUACAACAAUAUCUAGGUAUGACGAUCAUGACACACACAUUCCCAUUAUAG